AUUGAAGUUUAAUUUAUCAAUUCCAGUCCCACAACAAGUUACUGCUCAGAAACCAAUCCUGUGAUGUCAAACAACAACAAUAACAACAAGAUGAAGGGCCUUUUGAAAGGCCUAAGAUACAUUUCUCAAAUUUUUGAUAAUGAAAAAGAACCCGAAAUGCAGAUUGGGUAUCCUACAGAUGUAAAGCAUGUUGCCCAUAUAGGGUGGGAUGGCCCUUCAGUGAAUUCUCCAAGCUGGAUGAACGAGUUUAAAGCAGCACCUGGAUUAUCAUCAGCUUCUAAUGGAGAUGCAAACGAUGAAAUAAAAUGGGUUUCUGAAGAUGCUGCAAGUCGAAGAGUUUCCAGGAGAGCGUCAGAUUCUUCAGCAAGGGACUUGCCAGAAUUGCCAAAAUCAUCUAGACGACAUUCAUCAACAGGAGGAGCAGGUGAUUCUCCAACUAAGGAAAAAUCAGAUAAGCCUAAACAAUCAAGGCGGUCUUCAAGAAAUGCAAACAAGGAAUUGGCCGAUGGCAAAUCAGGCCGGCACAAGGAUUCAGGCCCAGCCGGCGCCAGCGAGGAUGCACCCAAAAAAACUCGGAGAAAGAAAUCUAAAGACGGCUCAAUGUCCAAAUCCUCCCGAUCUAAAGCACAAGCUUCAGAUGUGGAUUGUGGAUCUGAAUCUGGGUCAGUAUCCAAAUCUCUUAGCAUUGGUAACUGUGAUAGUGCUUUAGAUGAAGAUGCAGAAAAUGGAUUUACAGGUAUAUCUUGAGAAGUUGGGUUUUUUUUUUUGUAAUAUUUUUUCUUAAUUCUUAUACCAGUAGCUAGAAUUUUUAGCUGAACCCAAGAGCGCACCCUUUUUUUCCUUUUUUUUAUUUAUUAUUUUUUCCAUUUUCCCAUCUUCAUGGAACAUUUGAAUGAUCCAUCUAUGGCG